AUGGUGUCGAACAUCUCUGCUCAAGAAAUAAAUGCGCUGAAAGCCUUACCCGAUCAUAUUCAGCAACGUGCUGUACGAGCCCUACAUGGAAGCGUAGCGGACCUCGACCUAGUUGUCGAAAACCUGCCACCUUCACCUGAACACAAACUCCGCUUGCUCCCAGUGUUUUAUGCUCUCUUGAACACUUCUCGCAUCCCUGAAGUCACUACAGCGACAGGCUCCAUCGCAAAUAUCACAAAUAUCACAAAUAUCCUGCUUGCUAAGGAAUCUUUCCGUGGGGUCAUGUUAGUCUGCAGUAACUUCCAGGUGGCUACAAAUAAUGAGGCGGAAGCCGAUCCCAUCAUCACCCAUUUUCUGGUCUCCAAGUGGGAUAUGUUAUUCCCAUGGAUGCAGUUUUUUGCACAUCAGCUGUCUGCAACUUGGAGAAAUCCAUCGACGAGUAAUUCAUUCAAAGUCACCAUGUUUGAUGCUGUCAAGAAUUCCAUCCUGCUGCUUCACACCAUCUGCAGAUACUCAUCAGAUGGGCGACGACUUCUCAGGACUGCUCACGCAACCCGGGACUAUUUUAUCCAGAUGUGGUUAAUGUUUGGAAAUAUGCCGAGUGAUCGCAAGGUAGAAGCCAUCGAUCCUUUGCUUAAGACGUGCCGUAUCAUGGGCUUGGUUCGGUUAUCAUUGGCUGAAGUCGCUGUCGCCGCGCUAGACGACCGCUCGUUGCUUCCAUCCCUUAUACGUUUAGCGGGAGGCGCCACAACAUUCGUUUCCAUGGCUCUAAAAUAUGUGCGACGUAUGACCAGGGAGUUGCAGUUGCUCGCUUCAUCCUUGUCUCCUCAGUGGUCACCGCCGCAAGAUCGUUACGCAUAUAGCGUAUACGAGUACUGUGCCUCGACGGUAACAGGCUUUUCGCACGCCAUCGAAUUCAUUUUCCUCAUCAGCGAGACUAGUAGCUCAUGCCGUGAGUUACUACUCGAAAUGGGGUCCAUGCAUACAAUCGUCACCGCUAUUUCGUGUACAUGGCCGAAAUUUGUGAGCGACUCGAUCCACCACCAUUCAACUCAAGAGAUACCCCGAGUCGAACUCGCGGAGAGGAAACGUCUCAUGCGAGCCUGUUUCCGCUACGUCAACUUCGUGUUAUAUCACGCGGAUGACAGUAUCUCAGCGCUGGACGAAGCACUUAAAGCCGACCUUCUCGAGUCGAUAAAUCGAGCUAUCAGCAUCCCUCGCCACAAUGAUGACACGGAAAAGCCUCUCAUGAAACCUGCCCUCGAAACGCUUUCCCUUCUCCCCCAGUUUUUCGGUUCCCUGACUAUCAUGAAGAGGCUCCAACAUCACCAAAAAAUCAUGCGCAUUGACCCCAGCCCGCAUUAUCCCGAUCCAUUGAUAAAAAGUAGAUGGCGUAUGGUAGUCGACACUGCUCUCCCACUAUUGGCACUUCAGCUGAAGUCACACUCACGUCGUAAGCCCUUUUUCGCCCGGAGAUGCAUAACCCCAAACCAGAUGGUUUCGAUGCAUCCACUCAUCCCAGUUAUCGAUGCUCCGCUUGUACUGUUGCGCAUUAUUGCUCUAAAAGUUGCCAGGUUGCAGACUGGAAGAAUCAUACGAAUUGGUGUGGUGCUCUCCGAGCAGCCUUAG